AUGACGAAGAAGAGGAGGAAUGGAGGACGUAACAAGCACGGCCGUGGCCACGUUAACUUCGUGCGCUGCUCGAACUGCGCUCGUGCUGUCCCCAAGGACAAGGCCAUCAAGCGCUUCACUGUCCGCAACAUUGUUGAGGCGGCCGCUGUCCGUGACCUGAGCGAGGCUAGCGUGUACGAUGAGUACGUGCUGCCCAAGCUCUACAUUAAGCUGGCCUACUGUGUGUCGUGCGCCAUCCACGCCAAGGUGGUGCGUGUCCGUUCGGUUGAGGGCCGUCGCAACCGUGCUCCGCCGCGCUUGCGCUUCAACCGUGACAACCGCAAGUCGAACCCGGCCGCCGCCCAGGCCGCUGGUGGUGCGCGUAACUAA